CAUAAACUAAACCCUCAUUUUACGUGACACCAUGGCCAGAACUGUAUUCUUGUUGCUUGGAUUAUUUCUUCCCGUUCUGAUACAAUCAGAUGGUACGUUUGAUCCAAAUGCCUUAGGCUUUGGAAUGAGCGGCGGGUCUGAAAGUGGAUCUAAAACUGGUGGGUCUACUGGAGGAUUCGGAGGAAGUGGGUUCGGACAGAGCAGCGGAUCUGGAAGUGGAAGUGGAUCUGCAAGUGGUGGAUUCGGAGGAAGUGGUUUUGGACAGAGCAGCGGAUCUGGAAGUGGAAGUGGAUCUGCAAGUGGUGGAUUCGGAGGAAGUGGUUUUGGUCAGAGCAGCGGAUCUGGUAGCGGAUCUGCAAGUAGUGGAUUCGGAGGAAGUGGUUUUGGUCAGAGCAGCGGAUCUGGAAGUGGAAGUGAAUCGGCAAGUGGUGGAUUUGGAGGAAGUGGUUUUGGUCAGAGCAGCGGGUCUGGAAGUGGCUCUGCAAGUGGUGGAUUUGGAGGAAGUGGGUUUGGACAGAGCAGCGGGUCUGGAAGUGGAUCUGGAAGUGGUGGAUUUGGAGGAAGUGGGUUUGGACAGAGCAGCGGUUCUGGAAGUGGAUCUGGAAGUGGAUCUGCAAAUGGUGGAUUUGGAGGCAGUGGUUUUGGCCAGAGCAGCGGAUCUGGAAGUGGGUCAGGAAGUGGAUCUGCCAGUGGUGGAUUUGGAGGAAGUGGUUUUGGACAGAGCAGCGGAUCUGAAAGUGGAAGUGGAUCUGCAAAUGGUGGAUUUGGAGGAAGUGGUUUUGGACAAAGCAGCGGGUCUGGAAGUGGAAGUGGAUCUGCAAGUGGUGGUUUUGGAGGCAGUGGUUUUGGCCAGAGCAGCGGAUCUGGAAGUGGGUCAGGAAGUGGAUCUGCAAGUGGUGGAUUUGGAGGCAGUGGUUUUGGCCAGAGCAGCGGAUCUGGAAGUGGGUCAGGAAGUGGAUCUGCCAGUGGUGGAUUUGGAGGAAGUGGUUUUGGACAGAGCAGCGGAUCUGAAAGUGGAAGUGGAUCUGCAAGUGGUGGAUUUGGAGGAAGUGGUUUUGGACAAAGCAGCGGGUCUGGAAGUGGAAGUGGAUCUGCAAGUGGUGGUUUUGGAGGCAGUGGUUUUGGCCAGAGCAGCGGAUCUGGAAGUGGGUCAGGAAGUGGAUCUGCAAGUGGUGGAUUUGGAGGCAGUGGUUUUGGCCAGAGCAGCGGAUCUGGAAGUGGGUCAGGAAGUGGAUCUGCCAGUGGUGGAUUUGGAGGAAGUGGUUUUGGACAGAGCAGCGGAUCUGGAAGUGGAAGUGGAUCUGCAAGUGGUGGAUUUGGAGGAAGUGGUUUUGGACAAAGCAGCGGGUCUGGAAGUGGAAGUGGAUCUGCAAGUGGUGGUUUUGGAGGCAGUGGUUUUGGCCAGAGCAGCGGAUCUGGAAGUGGGUCAGGAAGUGGAUCUGCAAGUGGUGGAUUUGGAGGAAGUGGUUUUGGACAGAGCAGCGGAUCUGGCAGUGGAAGUGGAUCUGCAAGUGGUGGAUUUGGAGGAAGUGGGUUUGGUCAGAGCAGCGGAUCUGGAAGUGGAUCUGGAAGUGGUGGAUUUGGAGGGAGUGGUUUCGGACAGAGCAGCGGGUCUGGAAGUGGAUCAGAAAGUGGAUCUGGAAGUGGUGGUUUUGGAGGAAGUGGUUUUGGACAGAGCAGCGGAUCUGGCAGUGGUGGAUCUUCUGGAGGAUUUGGAAGUGGUUCUGGUUUUGGUAGUGGAUCAGGGAGUGAAUCCGGCAGUGGCGAGUCUUCUGGAGGAUUCGGAAGUGGUUCCGGUUUUGGUAGUGGAUCAGGCAGUGGAGGAACUUCUGGGGGAUUUGGAAGUGGUUCUGGGUUUGGUAGCGGUAGUUCUUCGUCAAGCAGUGGUGGUUCUUCAAGCAGCAGCAGCAGCAGCAGCAGCAGCAGCAGCAGCAGCAGCAGCAGCAGUUCUGGUACAUUUGACCCGAAUGCAAUUAAUGCUAAUUUUGGAAGUUUUGGUGGAAAAUAAAGUACAGAGUUAAAAUGUGA